AUGCCUUUCAUUGACUUAUCCAAGCCAAAACAAAUUCAAGAGGAGGAUGCUACUACUGCGAUCGACGUUGUAGCAAUUCAUGGUUUGUACGAGGACGCUAUCUCGACGUGGACUGAACGACAAGGAAAUGUGCUUUGGUUACGAGACAUUUAUCCUCAUCGUGCUACCAAAACCCGAAUACUACUCUACAGUUAUGACGCAAGUGCACUGGCUGCCCCGGGUGAAGGAAGUUCUGAUCGGCUGCUAUCAUGCGCCACAACGCUGAUAGCUGAACUAUGCUCCCAGCGCUCUGAUGCGCAUACUCGAAAACGCCCGAUAAUAUUCAUCUGCCACGGCAUCGGUGGUCUCCUGGUCAAACGAGCUUUGGCUUUCUCGUGCAUGAGAAGAUCUCCGCGAGUGGAACAUCAGCGCUCAAUCUACCUGUCCACCUACGCUAUACUCUUCAUGGGAACUCCUCAUAAAGGAAUGAAGAAACGUUCGAUACUAAUGACUAAAAAAAGAGAGAUGAGCGGAUCGAAUGAAUUCAUGAUGAAUCUGAGGGAAGGAUCUGAGAUGAUCAACGAGAUUGGCGACGUCUUUGCAUCGAUACUGAAUGAUUUCUGCAUCUUCAAUUUUUGGGAGGAAAUCAAAACAACCUCCGAAAACUCAGCGGAAUAUAUUGUUGAAGAGGACUCUGCUGCUCCGUUAUGGGAAAAUGUUGAGCGGUGUGGAAUUUUCGCCAAUCAUUCUGGACUUGUAAAGUUCGGCAAUGCUGAAAACUAUGGAUAUCAGCUGGUACAAGACGCGCUGAAAAGUGAAGACAGAAUGAAUCAAACCCUAAGAUUGGAUUAUGAUACAGAGAGGAAUCAACCUUCGCUCGCUAACGUACCUACCAAUCAUGCCUUUGCAAGGGACAUCAACAAGUGGUUUCUUGUCGAAAGACAACCUACCAGAUUCUUCACCGGGAGAGAAGCAUGCGCACGAGAUGUUAAGCACAAGUUUUCCGAAGCGCAACGGCAGGUAGGUAGGAAAAAUCAUGCAAUAUUUGCUAUAUACGGUCUUGGUGGCUCCGGGAAAACCCAGUUCUGUUUAAAAUAUGUGCACGAUAAUCGUUUGAGAUACUGGGGCAUUUUCUGGAUAGAUGCAAGCACCACGGAGAAUGCAGAAGCGAGUUUUGCAAAAAUUGACCAGCAAGUACGUGAUGGAAGCAACCACUCAAAAGAAGGGAGUUGUUCGGCUGCAAUGCAUUGGCUUUUGCAAUGUAAAAAGCCCUGGUUGAUUGUUCUGGACAAUGCAGAUGAUCCAGACAUGGACUUAUCGCGAUUCAUUCCCGCUGGAAGUCAUGGCCAUAUUCUUAUUACCACUCGCAACCCCAGCGUUGUUGACUAUGCAACCGUGGGUCAUGUCAAAUUCCAAGGAAUGGACCCUGAGGAGGCGAUCAGUCUACUUUUACGGACUGCCAAAGUGAUGGACCAAACCGAAAGCCCCAAUCCACGCUCCCGUAGUCUUGCUCAAUGCAUUGCCUCCGAACUAGGAUACUUAGCUCUUCCACUGGCGCAAGCUGGAGCAACAAUUCGACGCAAAAUAUACUCCCUUGAAAGAUAUCUGCAUCACUAUCUUGGCCACCGAAAGGCCAUGAGUUACCGAGAAACCCGAAGUAUUGAUGACACUAAUAUAAUCACUACAUGGGAAAUCCCAUUUCAGCGGAUUGCAAGUCGUCCUUCAGUCGAGUACAGGAACGCAGUAGAUCUACUGCAUAUAUUUGCAUUCAUGCAUUUUGAGUCGAUACCGGAGGAGAUCUUCCAGAGAGCUUGGAACGAGAUUGAGGAAUCACAAGCUUAUUCCAACCGAUUCCCCGAGAUACUUCGGCCAGAUAGUAGUGAAGAUUUCCAAGCGCGCCUCAGAAGUGCGAUACAGGUGCUUUCUAGCUACUCCCUCGUGGAUCACGAGCUCAAAACGCGCGCCUUUAUGCUCCACCCGGUCAUUCAUGCCUGGGCUCGAGAGAGACUUAGUGAUAAAGAUCAGCGCAAAUGGUUCGACUGUGCCAUGUCAGUGCUUGCUUCGUCCAUAUCCUCCAAAUUGGAAGCUUCUGGGCGUCGAUUUCGUCAACUUCUGAUUCCGCACAUGGACGCUUGUCUCAAAACCUUGAAACAGCAACGACCGCAAUUUCCAGAGACUAUUGAACGAGCUGCUGACGUCGAGAAAUUCGCUUGGGUUUAUGCCGAAAACGGGAUGUGGGAAAAAGCACGCGAUUUACAGGUCCUGGUCGUGAAUUUCCGAAGUAGGCACUUGGGACGCUGCCAUGAAGCUACAUUAAGUGCAAAACGACACUUGGGAUCAACGUACUGGAAUUUGUUCGACCUAAAGCCCCUGAUAAUACUUCAGAUGUGGAUGCUCCUCGCCCUAUGGUUUAUACGGCCGACUCUUAGUUGCUGGCUCACCCUGACACCGUGGAAGCCCGACCACGUGGCAUAUUGUCUAGCAUUAGAUGAUUUAACCCAGAGCUUAUGGCUUGUUGGUCAAAGGGAGAGAUCAAAGCGGGUUGGAGAACGAGCUGUCAAUGGUCUGAUAAAGCAUUUGGGCCGAGAGGAUCCGAAAACAUUGAAUGCUAUGUUCAACCUCGCUCGGACGUAUCUACACUUGGGCGAGUAUCAAAAGAGUAGCGAAAUGCUUGUGUAUGUUCUCAAAAUGCGUAAGAGGUUCUUUGGGAUGAACCACCUUGACACUCUUAUGGUCAAGAAUGAGUACGGCGUCCUUCUAUGCGCUCAGAAAAAGUAUCUAGCCGUGGCAGAGCGGUUAGUUUCGAACGUACUCAAAUCGCGCAAAGAGAUGCUUGGGGAGGAACAUGCUUAUACUCUAUGGUCAGUAAAUGAUUUAUCGAAGGUGCUAUGUGAACGUGGACGUCCUGCAGAGGCAGCCGUGAUGCUGAAGAGAAUCAUCCCUAUUGUCUCACGCACCCUAGGCGACAAUCAUGCCGGCAUGAGCAUGACGAAAGGUAACCUAGCACGAGCUCUUGCGCUAUGUGGAGAAUGGGUUUCGGCAGAGAAAGUUCUUGGGCCUCUGCUUAACGCAAUGCCAGCGGAACAUCCAGACUGGAUCCACGCAAAAUACGGCUAUAUACGCAUACAAGCUCGCCUCGGUCAAUCAGACGAGGUAGAACGAAGUUGCAAUGCGCUCCUAGAUCAGAUUGCGAAGGGCAAGAUUCUUUCCUUAGACAAUCCACGAACAACGGCCAUUGCCGAGGAGCUUUUCAAAGUGUAUCGUGCUAAAAAUCGUCUGGCAGAGAUUCGGGCUCUCAAGAAACGAAUACCGUCAUUGGAUGAAAACAACUUCAUCGGUGACGAAUUCGAUGUUUAUGCCAUUCGCAAAAGCUCUCAGCCCACAAUGCAUGCGAAUAACGGUGCACAGAGAGCUGGAGAGCUCUCUUCAGACGCCAACGACACCAUUCCGAACACAGGUCAACCAUCGAUUCCAAAUUAUAAGUAUUCACCUCUUCCCACAGAAUCUUCAUUUCGCGUCCUCGAGCUUUUACCUGGUGAGAAGAACGCAGAUCUGGCUUUUAGACUCCACCUUGAGGACUGGUCAAAGAGCCCUGUCUAUGAAGCACUAUCCUAUGCUUGGGGAGACUCCAAAAAUAAGGUUCCCACACUGUGUGACGAACAACCAUUAUAUAUUACAACAAAUCUUCGAGACGGGUUGAUUCAUCUUCGUCAAAGCGACAGGUCUCGCUUCCUAUGGGCUGAUGCAAUUUGUAUCGAUCAAAAUAACCUGGAAGAACGAGGACAACAGGUCAGCAUCAUGCGCCAGAUCUACGCAAACGCGACGAAAGUAGUCGUCUGGCUUGGAAAGGAUGAGGACGGCGAAGCUGCCAAAGCGGCUCAAUUCAUGCAAACUUUGGCUAUAAGCCUUUGUAGGCGUCUUCCCAACGAGUUGAGAGACAUGAAAGCCAUGGACGACCUUUACAGCCUCACCGACAACGCUGCUUUCACAGAUGACAAAUCAGCUUGGCUGUCUGUCGCCUGGUAUUUCUCGCGAGCAUGGUUUCAAAGACUCUGGGUUUUCCAAGAAGUCAACAGUGGUCCGAAUGUAGAUGUUAUUUGCGGAACGAGCCAUCUCAGUUGGGACGUCGUAGGUUUGGCUGCGACCUACAUUAAAAGAUGGCCAGCAGUGAGAGAACACAUAUCCAAUAUCCACGAAGGUUUCUGGUAUAACGCCUACAUAAUGCGGAGCCGUCAUCACCAGUCAACAAUUUCAGCGGCGUCAAUGCUGUUGCAAGGCCAAAACUUUGUGGCCAGCGAUCCAUUGGACAAGGUUUAUGCUCUUUUGGGCACACGUCCGCUCCGAAAGUGGGAGAGCAGCCUGCAACCAGACUAUAAACGUUCAAGACAAAGCCUUUACUGGGAAAUUGCAAAAAGAUGUCUUGUUGAGGACAAGGAUCCAUUCCUUCUGUCGUGCGCACAGCACAAUCGCGGAGUCAAUCUGGAGGACUUUCCAUCUUGGAUACCCCAGUGGGACCAAGAACGGGUUCGGGUACCAAUUGCUAUGCAGAAGGCAGGUUGGAACGCGUCAAGUGACUCAGCUCUAUUUGCCGAGAUCCAAGGCAACGACGCGAUUCUCGAGUUGCAGGGAGUGGUUCUUGACACUAUUCUCAGCGAAUAUGAACUCGAUCCAGACGUUCUCUUCAACGAGAAUGAGCAUUCCAGUGUCCUGGGAAACCCAACUGAUCACAGUCUUCUGAAACUUUGGCGCGAACAAAGAGACCUUGUUUUUUCUCUUUAUCCAUCCACUAAACAGCUAGCCAAAGCUUUUGCGUCCACCUUUGUCCUUGGAUAUCGCAUCAACUACGAUGAGGAGUAUCGCGAACGUCUUAUGGCUGAUUUCUCUGCUCAUGUUAUUCGUCUAGUCCAGCUGUGCGCUCAAGACUCUAGACAGUAUGCUGAGAUGGCUGAUGAGGCCCCAAAUGGUGACUGGAAGAACUACCUGCAUGAAGCGCACUCUAUGAGUUAUAGAAGAGCUUUCAUCAGGACUACAAAGGGGUAUAUGGGCCUAGUACCUAAUGCUACUCAGGUGGGAGACUCUGUCUGCAUUAUUUUUGGCUGCAAAGUACCAUAUAUACUUCGAAAGAUCAACGGUCAUCACUUUCUCGUUGGAGAUGCAUAUAUCCACGAUGUUAUGGACGGACAGGCGAUGGAGCUGGACUUUUAA